AACCGAGAUUAUUCGCGCAUGCGCACAAAAUGUAUCGAACUACCUUAAGCAAACUUUAUUUUCUACUAAUACAAAUGUACUAUAGUUUUAAGGUUAGAGUUAGUGAUAGCGUUAGAGAUAUACCAACCAGUAACAGUUAAGUCAUUUUAAAAAGAAAAUAAGCAGACAAAGUGUUGUGGUGAUAGCAACAAGGAAUAUAUAACGGACUAAUUGUCACAAAAAUACUCCCUCCUUUUUUUACACUCGAUAUUAUAUAAAAGUGCCAAGUAAACAUCUCGGGAUUAUACAUUUUAAAGUAUACAUGCGUAAAGGUUAAAGAUUUUAACAUGGCUGAAAAAAUAAUUUUAAAGAAUUUAACGUUGGAUCAGAAACGAGAGGCUUUCGAAAGAACACUUGCUAAAUUCGAAGAACCAGGUGUCAAACUUGUUCUGAUAACAGAGGAGUAUUAUGACCUAGCUUUAACUUUUGCGAGGGAUUACUUCAUGAAAGAAGAACCAAUAAAUAAGGGCCUUGGUAUGCAGUGGUCAGAUGAGCUAAAGGAGUUCUGGAUGAAUUCAUUCAAACUAAACCUUUCGUUGAUGUUUUUGAAUGAACAAAACGAAGAACCAAUCGCGCUCAGGACUACCAGAAUUGCACGUUAUGAUGACAAGUCAAAUAUUGAGGCCGUAAAAGAUGAGCGAAUCAAACAAAUGAUCCGGUAUAUUGUACACUGUGAUCAAAAAGCGAAUUACUUUGAACAUUUUCCUACCAAAGAAGCAUUUCAUUUUCUAGGUCUAGCGGUAGCUCCGAAAUACAAAAAGUGUGGCUAUGCAUCGAAGAUUUUCAACGUGGCAGUUGACAUGAUACGUAAUUUUGGGAUCGAUCCAGUGUAUCUCAAAGUCGAGGGUUCAUCGAAUUACUCAAAGAAGAUCUUCGAGAAAGCCGGCUGUGAAACGCUAUUUGAACAACGAUUCGAUACAUGGGAGGUUGGUGGAAAGAUCCCAAUUCAGGACACAGGGAUUCACGAAUCCAUGAAAGUGUAUGGAAUGAGAAUACGCACAAAACCGCAACAGUGUGAGAGAGGUGUUAUUGAUCACACAGUAUAAGACAGAUAAUGAAAGAUGUAAAUUGACAUACGCUAGUUUUAUUUUUAUGCCCCCCGACGUUGAAGAAGAGGGAAUGCAUAUAGUGCUUUUACUGUAUGUUUGCUGUCACAAUUCUUGUGAACUCAACUCCUCCAAUGUUCAGUUUCCACCUAAUUCAAAAGUAACUGUGAGAGCAUCAUAAACCUUUCUUGAAAAUGCACACAUUUUCGGGACUUUUAUGUCCAUACUUUGUUUUUAGCUAUGUCAAUUUUUUGGAUUGAGCCUACAAUUGGUAUUCACUUAAACGAACUUUGGCAUUAAUCAUCAACAUGAAGUGAGCAUGCGCAUGUUAUAGGUACAUUUAUGUGUGUUUAUUAUAUUUUUAGUUAUGCCCCUUUAUGGAUUGUGUCAUAUUAGAACUACAUCUGUACAAUGCUAACUCAACUCCUACAGCUUCCAUACAGUUUACAUGAAACUUGAUACAAGUCAUUAACAUUUGUGUUAUGACCAAUUUUCCCGCUUUACCGUAUUACAGCUACAUGUAAACCUUGUUUACACAACUCCUCCUACAGUUUAUAUCCGAUAGCAAUGCACAUAUUGCUGCGAAUUUAAGAUAGAUUUAUUACAUAUGGUUCCUUUAUGUCUUUAUACCUUUCUCUAUCAAGGACGUUCACAUUCAUGCGACAUACAGUGAUGACACAAUUCUUGUUCAUAUUUAUGUUAUAUUUACAUGAAGUGUUAAUUUAAAACCAGAGUGCUGAAACCAUUAUCUGUAUUUGUUUUGUUGCAAUACACCCAGGAAUAACUUGUUUAACUUACUGCUUGGAUGUUUCAGAGUCUCAUAUUAUGAUAUUAUGGCGACUAACAUUUAUUUCACAUAAAUAUUGUAGCACAAGAGCAAUUCCGCAAAUGGACUCAAGGGGAUGACCGUCAUUACUUGUCGGAAAAACGUGUGGCCAAACCCAUUUGCUUUUUACUUAAAUUAGCUUCGUCAUAUGUGUGUUCAUUGUAAAGUGUUAUAUGUAGCAAUGUAUUGUUUAUUCUAGAUUUAUAUUAGCAAUAAAAUAUGAUUAAAUCAAAACGGACACAA